CAUGUAUACUGACACAUGUGCCAGACCGUGAUUGUGACUUGCUUUGACAGCGAAAUGAUGUUUUAGGUUAGAAAAAUUGCUCAAAUACCGGAAAAAAAUUACAUCGUCACUUCAAAUCAUUCAAAUGAAGCUGUACUGCCUGUCUAGUGAGCCGACAAAGCCAUGUCUGGUCUUGAGCUUCAAAGGCAUAACCCUGAUGUUGGACUGUGGUCUGAAUAUGCAGUCGAUUUUGAAUUUCAUGCCAAUGCCCAUGGUGCCCAGUGCCAAGUUCAACUCCCUUCCCAGUUGGGUUCCCAGGGAUAACAAUCAGGAUUGGCAAAUCGAAGGGGAGCUGAAAGAGAACUGCGGAAGAGUGUUCGUUGAUUCGACGCCAGAGUUUUGCCCACCGUUAGAGAAGAUCACAGAUUUUUCUGAGAUUGAUGCAAUACUGAUAUCGAACUACACUUGUAUGCUCGCGCUGCCAUUCAUAACAGAAGGUACGGGGUUCAAAGGUAUAGUUUAUGCAACGGAACCGACCCUGCAAAUCGGCAGAUUCUUCAUGGAGGAGCUGGUUGAAUUCAUUGAGCAGACACCCAGGGCUGUGCUGGCCAAACACUGGAAAGAAAUGCUCCACGUUCUGCCUCCGCCACUCGCCGACGCCGUGAAACCCAAGUCUUGGAAGCACCUCUAUUCCAUGGCCGCUGUCAACUCUAGCCUUGCCCACAUCCAGAUGGUCGGUUACGAUCAGAAGCUGGAUAUAUAUGGCGCCUUAACGGUGACUCCGAUAAGUUCGGGCUACUGCUUGGGCAGCAGUAACUGGCUGAUAUCCUGCGACCACGAAAAGGUGGCCUACGUGAGCGGUUCCUCAACACUGACGACUCAUCCGCGACCGAUGGAACAGACGACACUGAAGCACGCCAACAUGCUGAUACUCACAGGCCUGACGCAAACGCCGACUGCAAAUCCAGACACAAUGCUUGGCGAGCUUUGUAUGACCGUCGCGAUGACGCUUAGAGCCGGCGGCUGCGUUUUGAUUCCCUGUUAUCCGUCCGGCGUUGUUUACGAUCUCUUUGAAUGCCUCAGCACACAUUUGGACAAGUCCGGCUUCUCACAGGUCCCACUUUUCUUCAUAUCGCCAGUCGCUGAAACGUCUUUAGCAUAUUCAAAUAUUCUGGCUGAAUGGUUGUCGACGAACAAACAAAACAAGGUUUAUCUCCCCGAGGAACCAUUCCCUCACGGUUUCUUGGUUAAAAACGCCAGACUCAAACACUUCACAUCGACAUAUGCUGAAGGAUUUAGUUCCGACUACAGACAGCCAUGCGUCGUUUUUUGCGGACAUCCAAGUCUCAGGUUUGGAGAUGCUGUACACUUUGUACAGAUGUGGGGAAACAACUCUCAGCACACAAUCAUUUUCACUGAGCCAGAUUUUCCCUAUUUGGAUGCCUUGGCACCAUUUCAGCCGCUGGCCAUGAAGGCUGUCCACUGUCCGAUAGACACGUCGUUGAAUUUCACCCAGGCAAACAAACUGAUCCGUGAUUUGAAGCCUGAUAACCUCGUCGCACCUGAAUGCUAUACCCAGCCGCCGAUGACUGCGCCUCACAGGUCUGAUCUGGUCAUCGAACCUGUCGGAGAAAGACCGUUGAUCACUUUCAAGCGAGGCGAGGUGAUAAAGCUGCCCCUGAAGCGGAAAAACGGUCGAGUAUUCAUAGAGCCGGAAUUGGCGGGAAAUAUUGUGCCGAGCGAAGUUAAACCAGGACUGAGCUUGGCGACAGUUAGCGGAGAACUGGAAGUUAAGGACAACGUUUACACGAUAAAGACUUAUUUUCAGACUAUCGAGGACCGGCAAAGCGCCAAACGCAAGGCGUCGGUCGUUACAGGACCAGCUGCGCCGAUCAAGGAGGAAGUUCUGAGGGAGCGCAAACACGAGUACGGAAACGUCGACCCGCAGGAACUGCUACAAAAGCUGAAUCAGGAGGGAAUUCACGGCGCAAAAUUGCAGCACAGUCCGACUUCGACGAGCAUUCAUUUGCAAGACGAGGACACUUUAAUACAGAUUGGUGACAAUUCGACGCACAUAUUCUGCAAUGGCGAUCAAAAACUUCGAAGAAGAUUGAGGGCCAUCAUUAUGCAGUGUCUUAAAAGAUUUUGACUCUAAUAACUACCGGAAACUUUCAAACUGCUUUGAAAAAAGGAGAAGAAAAAAAGAAUGUCCACCAGAAUUCAACAUCUAUAAAUCUUUUCUUUUUCCCCAGUGUUUUCCAUUCUUCUCGCCUGAUAUU